AUGGAAUUAGAAUUAACUAGAGUUGAUUAUAAUCUAGUUGGAAUAACUCUUCAAAAUUCUCUUAAAUUGUUACCGGCAAAGAAAGCAAAAGAACAACAGAGAUUCGUAAUUGGAGAUCAAGAUGGAGUGGUGCAGUUACUUUCUGUAAAGAAAGAUGAAGUCAUUGUUCACUUCAAGACUGUUCCGGGCAAUAUUAUUACUUCAGUUCAAUUAGGAGGAUCAACUGGAACCAUUCAUGAUAAAAUUUUUGUUGCUUAUGAUAAUCAAAUUGUCGGAUAUAAUAAGAAAGGAAAAGUUUUUCUCACAUUUGAUACAAACUUAACUGAACCUAUUAAAUCACUUUGUGUAACAGGAAAUGACUUGAUUGUUUGUGGCAAUCAUGUUUAUACGCACUAUAAAGAUUGCAAAGAGUCGGGAUCUUAUCUUUGUGGUGACACUAUUGUUGAUUGCAACGUUUUAUGUCCUCAUAAUACAUCACGAGUGAUUACAAUUCUUGCUUGUUCAGGACGAGUUUUACGAUUAUUAGAGCACUGUCGAGUGCGAAAACUAAUUGAACUGGAAAGUAUUCCUACAGUGCUUCAUGUUCCGAAAAAUGCAAUUGGAAAUAAAAUUCUCGUGGGAUUCUCUGAUGGACGUGUGACAUUAUUUUGUGUUAAUCCAAUGCUUACCGAAGUAAAGCAAGAAAUAUUAAUCGCUUCAAAGGAUAAUUUAUCGGCAGUGACAUGUUUAGAUACGUUCGAUCUUUAUGGCGAUGGAAAAGAAGAACUUAUCAUUGGAAGACGAGAUGGAACGAUUCAAGUGUUCACAACAAUGCUUGAAAAUAAUGAGUUUGAAAUGGAUUGUCAGCAAUUAUUGUAUGAAGAGAAUUUCAAUGAGAGUAUUUCAUGUGUCUUUGGUGGAUGCAUUGGAGUUGCCGGUUAUGCGGAACUCAUCGCUUGCACUUAUACAGGAAAAGUUUUUGGUUUGACAACUCGAACGAUUGGUGACAUACUAACGGAUGCGAAAAGUAAUAGCAAUGUUGUAACGGAUGCAAGUCAAAGGAUUCAGAAAUUGAAAUCUGAAAUAGAAUAUCUAGAACAAGCAGUAACAAGAGAAAGAGAAAAAUAUCAACUUUCAACUCAAGCAAUGAGUUCGGGACUCUCUGCCAUCUCAGCUAUGGCUAUUAAUGACUCAAUCUCAUUAUCUGCUGACGACGCUACAUACAUUCUCUCGCUUGAGUUACCGAGUCCCAUAGAAAAUAUUUUGGUUCAAUCUGAUGUAGUAGCAUUGGAAAUGCUGGAUGUUGAAGGAAAUAGCGCAGUUGUCAGCAAAAGUGAAUGCGAUAAGAAUGAUGGCAACAUUUUACUAUGCUGUUAUCGAUGUCAAGUCAACACAAAUCGUUUGGAUUUGAAGUUUCGAACUGUUGAGGGUCAUCACGGUACAUUGCGUGUGUACAUCACACCAAAUAUUCAACCGAAGUGUUGUCAACUCAAAACUUAUACAAUUCACCCACUAUCUUUACAUAUGGUCGUACAUAAUUACGACCAGACAAGACCAAUGAAUACAUUAACAUUAAAAGGAAACUUUAGUCAAGGAGAAAUGCAUAGCUGGAUUAGUAACUGUCUGCCUGAAGUGCCAGAACGAAUUGACUCGAAUGACGAAAACGUGUUGAUGUUUAAAAAUGUUUUUCUCGGAACUUUUCUUAUCUGUGUAUAUUCGAAAGGUGAAGCUGAAUUUAGAAGUGACAACGUCACAACAAUUUCUAUCGUCAAAGAUUUCAUAGCCAAAAAAGCAACAACGAAACAUAUUAAGAUUGAAUUAACGAUAAAUGUGCAUGAUAAUACAACUGAAGCGUUUGUCAAAUUGAUUGAACCAAAGUUUUUAUUUUACAAUAACCUGUUGAAAGACAACAAGACUCUUCAAGCUUUAUUGGAGCUUAACGUUCAGAGUGACGAUGAAUAUGAAUUGCUCUCUGAGAGAUACAAAAUGUUAUUACAAAACAAACGAGAUAUACAAGAGAAAUUUAGAAAGGAAUCGAAUAAUUUCGAUCGCUUAAUAAAUUUGCUGACUUAUUUUUAUGUCCAUAAGAAUAAACUAAAGGGUAUUGAUGUUAAAAACCGUAUAGAAACUAUCAAAUGUUCAUUGAAAAAUAGCAAAAGUAAUUCGUUAGUUCAAGCAUUUAGUGAAAUUUGA